AUGUACUUCAACAACUGCUUUGGCUCUGUCUUCCCCGGAUGCUACUGGGGCAGCUAUGGCUACCCCCUGGGAUACAGCGUGGGCUGCGGCUUUGGCAGCACCUAUUCCCCAGCGGGCUAUGGCCUCGGCUACGGCUAUAACGGCUGUGGAGCUUAUGGCUACAGACGCUGCUGGCCAUUUGCCCUCUACUGA